AGAUGGAGACCGGCGUCAGCGGCGGGGACCCGCUCCCGAGGCUUAGGCGCCCUUUGCAGCGAGGGGCAGAGCCCCGCGCCCCGCUGCUGCCGCAGUCGCCUUUCGGGGGCGGCGGGACGGUCGAAGAGUCUACAGCUGUAGAGAAGAAGAGGAAGCCUCUUACCAGACUGAAUGUUCAUUCUGCAUUCUGGAUUUUGGCAUCGAUUGCUGUGACAUACUACUUUGAUUUUUUAAAAACUGUUAAAGAAACUAUUCAAGCAGAUAGUUGGUGGUUUGCCUCUGGCAGUUGUUUACUGGCUGCAAGUUCAUCUGUUGCCAUUUACUGCAUACUAUAUCUUGAGUGGUAUUGUGGAAUUGAGGACUACGAUGCACAGUAUCCAGCACUGAUACCUAUCACAACAGCUACCUUUAUUGCAGCAGCAAUUUGUUUCAACAUUGCCUUGUGGCCUGUCUGGUCGUUUAUGACACCUUUGUUGCUCUUCAUUCAGUUUAUGGGUGUUGUGAUGCUUGUGUCACUCUUGGGAUAAGUCCUUAAGAUACCAAGAAACCUGAUUUUUUUAAGGAGCUUCAUGUGAAGGACUCAAGUAACUGUUAUCCUGCAAAGUGGAUGUCACUUUUGUUACAUUCCAGUAUUUUUAUUAUUUCUAAUACUGUUUGUUUGCUCUAACUGAUACCGUAAUUCUUAGACUACCUGAUUUAUAAAUAAAAUGGACAUAACCAUAGGUCAGCCAGUGGCUGGGAAAAAGCAACUGAUUAGUGAAUGAUUGAAAGAUAGAUAGGUUUUACCUCUCCUAGUAACAUAAAGCAUUUCAUCACUGCUUUGUAAAGCUUUUAUCUUUCAAUAUUAAGUAGAUGGGUAAUGAGUCAGUUAUAUAGCCCUAAAUCCUAUUUGGGGACUCCAGAGGUCACCUAGUCCAACUUCCUGCUCAAAGCAGGUGGGUUGGUUUGAAAGUAAUUGAUACUUAAUAAAAAUGUUGUGGGUUUUUAAUACUAUAUUCUUUCCAUUUGAAUUGACAGCUAAAAUACUGUUAUCUGGAAUCUGUGUAUGUACUUGUAAACUUACUCAUAGGUGAAAAAGGAGACAUUUCUCGAUCUAUUAAAUUUCUAAUGUUAUGUGUAUUUUCAUGUAGGAAAUACUUUAUUACCUAAUCUCUUGACUUCAGAUCUGCUAGUGUUUGAAAAAAGAUACAGAUCGGGGUAAGGGCCUAGAAAGCUGGUUGACAUUUACAUCAUUAUUAAUUUGCAGUGCUAUCAGUGAAAUAAAUGGAUUCUACUUGUGCUGAUAUAGUUUUUUGCCAGCCAAAGAUAGAUGAUCAAGCUGUGAAUAACAAUAAUAUGAACAAUAUUAUUGGUUAACAAUAAUAUGAACACUAUUAACACUACACAAGAAUUUCAGAGCACAAAGUAAAUUCUUCUGAUGUAUGCACUAUUUUUCAGUAUUCAGGAUGUUAUUCUUCUGUAAAUUAACUUUUCAUUCUCAGCAGUGCCUGUUAAUGAAAUUGCCAUUUUUCUUCCUCAGCAAUGAAGAGGCUGAUACUAACUUAAAUGCCAUUAGUCAUACACAGUUGGGAAAAUAAAAUAACUUUGUCCACUUUGGCUGACAUACCUCAGCAUCUGGAAACCUGUGCACCAUUUAGUUGCUAGACCAUUUUAUAUAGAUCCUUGUGUUAAAUACUUUCACACCCAGACCUUUUGGAAGGUAGGAGAAUGUAGAAGCUGGGUAUUGAAACUUGUUAAAAUCUACUCUUUGAGACUGUUGCUUGAAGUCUGGACUGUUAGAGGAGACUGUGUUCUUCAUUCUGACUUUCAAAUUCACACCAUUGCUGAAGACACAAUACAUGAAAUGUUUAAUAAUGAAAAACAUAGAUGUUGUCUUAAGCUGCUACAGUUUCAUUAAGGAAAAAGGGUGCUGUCGGUAUGCAAUACAAAGGAUCAGUCAAACCAAAAUAAAAUACAGGUACCAGUACCGUUAAGUAGCUUGUAGAGUAAGUUAACAUCUCAAUUUGUUUAAAUGUAAUAUUUAAGUUUUCCAAAACAAGUUGUACUUCACAUCUUUACAGGGCAAGUUGCUUAUCUUCAGGUCUUCAUCUUUUAACAAAUUUUAACAAUUUUACGUCUGCAUACACAGGUACGUUUGAGUAACUUUGUUUAUUACAAUAUUUAAAUGCACUGUUGCUCAGGGAUGGUAAUUAUCACUGUAUUUUUAUUUGUCAACUAUAUAAAUGCUCUAGGUGUUUUAAGUUGCCUUGUACUCUUGAAUUAAAAUAACUAUUUGCUACAUAUUUCUUCAGAUUUAUUCUUCUGGACAUCUUAAUAAACUUCAUACAA